UGGAAGCGUGAGAGUGCGCAGGAGUCGAGUAGGACAAUCGAAGGGAAAGACGGAUCAAAACAGCCAAAAGAGCAUCUGGUGGAUCUAUGUAGUGCUAAACCAUGAGAAGCCAGUCGAUAUUUCUCUGAGAGAGGAAAAACUGGCUGACAAGAUCCUGGCAAUCAACGUGGACGCGCGCAGCCCAAAAUGACGACAGUGGGACCGUGAUUUUUUUCCUUCCUCUAGUUCGUCAUCUUUUACUGUCAUAUGCUUGCCUGCAGUUUAUCUCCUAUGUGUACAGAUCACAGAGAAAAGACUGGGAACCGAAUCAUCUCCAAAACAGUCUCAAGUGCGCACAGAGUGGUUUCAUCAUUGAAACCGUUUCCAAUUAAUAUUUACGCAGAGAUAUUUGUGUUUUACAGACCACAGAAGGAUUUUCAACUUUCCAAUGAAAACUUACUGUGUGAGUACAGUCGUGAACAGGUCGAUAAAGCACCAGCUUCUACAGGCGAUGAGUAAUUCACGACGCAGCAACUGAUAAACCUGUAAAACCUGGACUGCGCCUGGUGCGUUUGGAUACCUCAUCCCGAGCGUCGCUUGAUUUUUUUCCAUAUGGCUUCUAUCUUUGGGGGUUGUAGGCAACUCGUGCAUUAUUGAUAUUUCAUGGCUUUGGAGUGUAGCAACAGUAGUGUACAGCGAAUGAGGACGGUGCAAGUCUAACUGGAGAGAAGACGUCGCACUUCUCGCACGGACACCGACGAUUGCAGCAACUACAAGUUAGACUUUUUUAAAAAAAAAAAAAAAAACACUGAAUCCUUUGUUAUUUCUCUCGCUGCUGUCAUCGUAGUAUGUCUGCACUUCGAAAGAAAUUUGGGGACGAUUAUCAGGUAGUGACCACCUCAUCUAGCGGGUCUGGAUUCAAUCAGCCUCCACCAGAGAAAAAGAAGAAGAGGCAACGGUUCGUGGACAAGAACGGGCGAUGUAACGUCCAGCAUGGGAACCUGGGUGGUGAAACCAGCAGAUACCUCUCAGAUUUGUUCACAACACUGGUAGAUUUGAAAUGGCGCUGGAAUCUAUUUAUUUUCAUCCUCACCUACACAGUGGCUUGGCUCUUCAUGGCCUCUAUGUGGUGGUUCAUCGCAUACAUCAGAGGAGACCUCAACAAAGCCCACAAUGAUAAGUACACUCCUUGUGUGGCCAAUGUCUAUAACUUUCCCUCAGCCUUCCUCUUCUUCAUAGAGACCGAGGCCACCAUAGGAUAUGGUUACAGAUACAUUACAGACAAAUGCCCCGAGGGGAUCAUUCUCUUUCUAUUCCAGUCGAUUCUCGGAUCGAUCGUCGAUGCAUUUCUGAUCGGCUGCAUGUUUAUCAAGAUGUCUCAGCCCAAGAAGAGGGCCGAGACUCUGAUGUUCAGUGAACAUGCGGCGAUUUCUAUGCGAGAUGGAAAACUCACUCUCAUGUUCAGGGUCGGCAACUUGCGUAACAGCCAUAUGGUCUCUGCACAGAUCCGCUGCAAAUUGCUGAAAUCUCGCCAGACGCCUGAGGGCGAGUUUCUUCCACUUGAUCAGUUGGAGCUGGACGUGGGUUUCAGCACCGGAGCAGACCAGCUCUUUCUUGUCUCACCGCUCACGAUCUGCCAUGUCAUUGACACCAAGAGCCCCUUCUAUGACCUCUCACAGAGGUCCAUGCAAACAGAGCAGUUUGAAAUUGUGGUGAUACUAGAGGGCAUUGUAGAGACCACAGGCAUGACCUGCCAAGCGAGGACAUCGUACACCGAGGACGAGGUUCUGUGGGGACAUCGUUUCUUCCCGGUCAUCUCCUUGGAGGAAGGUUUUUUCAAGGUGGACUACUCUCAGUUUCAUGCCACGUUUGAGGUGCCCACCCCUCCCUACAGCGUAAAGGAACAGGAGGAGGCUCUGCUACUCUCUUCGCCCCUCAUGGCACCAUCCCUGUGCAACAGCGGGGAGAAGAACAGCUCUCUAGACUGCCUGGAAACCCUGGAGGACAAUGACAGCACCACCAAACUGCCUACCAAGCUCCAGAAGAUCACAGGCCGGGACGGGCUUCCUAAGAAGCUGCUGAGGAUGAGCUCCACCACCUCAGAGAUGACUUACAGCUUUGGAGACCUGCCCAUGAAGCUGCAGCGAAUCAGCUCUGUUCCUGGUGUCUCUGAUGAUAAGCAGGCUGGUAAGGCCUCCAAGAUCAGCACAGAGCCAAUCAGUAAGUCAGUGGCGGACUUACCUCCGAAGCUGCAGCGACUCGCUGGGGGAGGAGGGGGCAGGAUGGACGGACACCUGCCGCCUAAACUUAGAAAGAUGAAUUCAGAUCGCUUUACAUAAAGCAGGCAACAUAUUUUAACUCCUGCAAUCCACUAUACCAGAAGUCCUUGUCCUAUUCCUAAUUUAUUAAUGGACAGUAUUCUUAUAUUAAGGGAAAUGUAGAAUAUGUGCACAAAUACCUUAUAAAAAGUAGGGUGAUUGAAAUAAGCACAUUUGUUGCUGGAUCUAAGUGUACAUGCUAUGAAGAAAGAGCUUUUUUUCUUUCUUUCUUUCUUUUUUUUCUUUUCUAACAAUGAUGUACAAUUAGCACAAUCUGGCAUGUAAGAAACAGCGCAUGUAGAACCAAAUCUCAAUUUCUGGCAUGACAUUUGUUGAUAUUUUGCAAAAAAAACAAACAAACAAACAAAAAAACAACAAAAAAAACAAAAAACAAAAAAAAAAAAAACAAAAGAAAAACAAAAGAAAAAAUUUAAUUAGUAAAUUUAUAGACAGUGGAGAAAUUGCACAAAGCCAUAUGAUUUACAACAUGGAAAACCUACAUUACAAGGUUCUAAUUUGUAGUGAUGACAGGCACAUACGUUUGUUUUGAGUUGAUUGCUUUUGUUGUUUAAUGUAAAAUCGUGGCAAUGUUCCGUUGCUUGCAUGCUCCUUUUACUGACUUAGCUAUACAAAGGUAAUAGACAAAGAUGUUUAGCCUUAACUAUAUUACCUUGUUUCCAUUUCCAUGUUUGUUCACAGCUGUAUUUUUGGUAUUUCAUAUAUAGACUAUUUUACCAUGUACGGUUUUAUGACUUUAUUAGAUUAUCAAAUACAGAACAUGUUGCUAGAUGAUGCAUUUUACAUUUACAAAUGCAUUAUCAGUGGAACUAGGCACAAUGCUAUGCGAUUAUCACUUAUUAGUGGACCAUUUGAGUUAAAAUUUUCAAUAUUUAUAAUUGAUAAGCACAAAACAAUCAUUAUAUGAUACCCUGUUAUAUUAAAAGGCAUCCAUGGGUAUUUUGUUUUAUCAUAUAACAAAUGCAAUUCUCAAAAGGCCAUUGUUGUCUUAUAAGAAGCUCCAAUAGACCUUCAACUUAGGUGUUACUGGUUAGAUUUGGUGGACUUGUAAGGAAAUCAUAAUCUUUCUUUUAAAGGCCCACUGUAUCACUUCUCUGUGAUGAAAGCAAUAAUAUUAAAAUGACUAUAAUCUAUAGCCACAGGGUCUACCACAGCCCCAUAUUCUUUCUGUUUACUGAAUCCAUGCCAUGAAAGACGUUGUAUGAUACCUGGUCUCUUCAGGAAUAAAGAUUUAACAUAACUGUCUAGGACCUUGCUAUAUUGACUAGAUAUUUUGCAUGCCUUACUCAUUUGGUAAAUAAAUUACUAUCAGUAUGCUUCUUACAAGAGAUGGUCAACAUUGUAGAUAUUCAACAAUGUUAUUUCCUUGUUGUAAAGAGCAGACCCAUGCAGAAGCAUUCACUGUCAUGUUAGUGUAAAGAUCAUAAAGGAUUGACUCGUUGUCAUCCCAGACUGUCAAAAAAUAUCAUUUUGUCAAAGCCCGUGACAUAUUCAAGAUAUGCAUAAGACAUUUUUUGUACUCAUGCUCUGACAAACCAGCUGCAGCAAUAUUCAGCUGUCUCUAUUAAAAAAAAAAAUCCCUGGAGAUGCUCAGGAGAAUUUGAGGACAAUUUGUUCCACAGUUGCUGUUCACACAAGCACCUCAGAGCAGGAGAUGUUCAGCGGGAGAUGCACCCUCACAGCUAUAAACGUGAGGGAGAGGGGUGCAGGUGAACGUCUGUCUAGAGCGCACAGGAGGCAUGACACGAAACAAAAGGUACACUGGAAACCGCUGUCUUUUUUUUUUACAGCACGUCAACAGUGGCAGAUGAGGCUCCUUGAAAACCGUUUUUGUUUUUAAUGUCUGGAAAUAUUCACAACAGAGACAGGCGAGUGGAAAACAACACACAGGUCAUCAGAAAAUAGCUUAACUCUUAAUGAAUUACUGCAAUGUUCUCAUUUUGUCUCACCUGGCUGGUCUUCUGGAGAUAUUACUUGGGGGUUGGGUGGAAAAUCUCAACAAAGACCUGGAGCAAACAUUCAGAGCAAUACCUCUGCAGCAUUUAUAGAUAAUUUCAGAAUAUGCAGUGUUAACAAGAGCAAAAACUUAGAUUUUAUUCAGGGGCAUUUAUCAAGUGUAAAAGUGCUUCUGAAGAGGAAAGAGUUUUAUUUAAAACACGCUGACUGAUUCACAACAUUAACCCAGUACUUUGAAAACUGACAUUUAAGGGUAUCUUUGUGUUUAUAUGAUGCCCUUCUGUCCUGAAAAGAUGUUACUGGUGUGAGAACAGCUUGUGAUCACAGUUUUGACUGUUUAUCUUAAAGAAUUUGAUCAAAUAUUUAGGAAUAUAUUUAGGAAGAUGUUGAACUUUUUCCAAUAGAGUGAAAUGUGAUGGAGGAUAAUGCUAAGACCUGCUUUCUCAAAGCAAAAGCUGAAGGUAGCAAACAUUAAAUUGUGAAAAGAACUAAGGUCUCCAACAGUUUUGGCCAUGACACUUUCUUUUCAGUGAAGCAUAUAGCU